AUGCUGGUGACCAUGCUGUUGGCUCCCGUCUGUUUGCUACUGACGCUGGGAGCUCAGGCUCUCGCGGGAGGCUACCCCCCCAUGCCCCACAUGAAGUACAUGCAGCCCAUGAUGAAAGGGCCUAUUGGACCCCCGUUCAGAGAAGGCAAAGGACAUUACGUUGAUAUGCCGCCCUUGAUUGAAGUCAAGGGGGAACCAGGCCCCCAAGGCAAACCCGGACCAAGAGGCCCCCCUGGGCCAGAAGGAAUUCCAGGAAAACCUGGACUGGGCAAGCCGGGUCUCAAUGGCCAGCCAGGCCCUCAGGGGCCCCCUGGUUUUCCAGGGAUUGGUAAGCCUGGACUUCCAGGUCUCCCAGGAAAGAUUGGUCCAAAGGGGAUGUCUGGGUUUAAUGGUGAGGUUGGCCCUCGUGGUGAACCAGGUCUCAGAGGUUCUCCAGGGCAGCCCGGCCUCCCUGGCCCAGCUGGACUGUCUCUAAAUGGGAAACCUGGACUUCCAGGCAUGAGAGGCUCCUCUGGUUCUCGGGGUGAACCAGGAGUAAAUGGUCUUUCUGGCCCACCAGGUGAACGUGGGAUUAAGGGUGAGAAUGGAAAUGGAAAGCCAGGGCCUACAGGUAUAAGGGGUCCUCCUGGGCUGAAAGGCAAUUCAGGACCACCUGGUCUUCCAGGUAUAGGCAAACCAGGCUUAAAAGGUUUGUCUGGACUGCCGGGUCUUAAAGGUGAUCAAGGAUUCCCAGGGGAACAAGGAGAACCAGGAGAGGCUGGGGCUCCAGGUCUACAAGGUCUGCCAGGACCAGUUGGGUUAGGGAAGCCUGGCCAAGACGGAUUGCCUGGAGGACCAGGUCAACAAGGUACAAAAGGUGAGGCAGGGCCCAGGGGUUCUCCUGGAUUUCCUGGGACUCCUGGUUAUGGAAAACCUGGUCUUAGUGGGCCUAAAGGAGAAAAGGGCUAUGGUGGACUUCCUGGUCUCCCAGGGGACAAAGGAGAGCAAGGAAUGCUGGGCCCAAUUGGGGAAACAGGCUUUGAUGGGCAAUCAGGACCACCAGGACUUCAAGGCCCAAUGGGACUCCCUGGAAAACAUGGAAUGCUAGGACAGAAGGGAGAGCUGGGGCCCCAGGGCCCUCCAGGACUUCCUGGCCUCAGAGGUGACCAAGGCCCCAGUGGAUCCUUUGGAAAACCUGGCAUCCCUGGGGAGAAAGGAAUCCCUGGGCCUAACGGUUCUAUUGGAAAACCUGGACCCAAAGGAGAUGCAGGGCAUAUUGGCCUACCGGGCAAUCCAGGGUUUACAGGUGCUCAAGGACCUAAAGGGGAUGGAGGGUUUAUAGGAACUCCAGGACCCAGGGGCCAGUCAGGAAUUCCUGGUCUACAGGGGCCCAUGGGUCCCAUGGGACCACAGGGUGUCCAUGGCCCAAAGGGUGAAGCCGGACUACCAGGGCCUCCAGGACUGGGUAAGUUUGGGGAGAAGGGAACCAUAGGUCCCCAGGGCCCUCCAGGGAAACCAGGCCCUGCUGGGCUCAAUGGAAACCCCGGCACUCCUGGUCUUCCAGGGCCCCCGGGCCCUCCAGGAAAUGGCCAAACAGUUGUUGCAGGGCCAACCGAUUCCGAGUUGGAAGGGGAUGAAGUACCAGGGGACAGGAAAGGGCCCGUAUACAGUCAAGUCCCCCUCUCUGCCUCUGUGGCCCCGGCCUUCACAGCCAUCCUUAGCACACCUUUCCCUCCCUCCGCCAUGCCGAUCAAAUUUGACAGGACCCUGUACAACGGGCAGAAUGCCUACAGCCCUGCUACCGGCAUGUUCACUGCUCCUUUAUCUGGUGUCUACUACUUUGCAUACCACAUGCAUGUAAAGGGAACUAGCCUGUGGGUGGCACUGUACAAGAACAAUGUGCCAGCUACUUACACCUACGAUGAAUACAAGAAAGGCUACAUGGACCAGGCAUCCGGUAGUGCUGUGCUAGAGCUGAAGGAGGGAGACCAGGUCUGGGUCCAGAUGCCCUCGGAUCAGGCAAAUGGCCUCUAUUCUACCGAAUACAUUCACUCCUCCUUCUCAGGAUUUCUGCUCUGUCCCACAUAA